AUGCCAAAAAAUCGAGAUAACUUAAAAAAAAUUGUAGAAACACUAAUUCUUUGUGGACAACAAGAAAUAGGUCUUAUGGGUCACAGAGAUUCUGGCAGAUUGACUUUGGAAGCUCCAGAAUCUAAUGAUGGCAAUUUCAGAACCUUGUGUAGAUUCCGUGCUAAGUGUGGCGUUACUGGUUUUAAAGAACAUAUCCUAUCAUCAGGAGGCAGAAGCAUGUAUAUAUCUCUAGUAAUUCAAAAUCAACUUAUUUCAAUAAUAGGCUCUCAAAUUCAAAGAAAAAUUUUAGAACGCGUCCAAGUUACGAAAUAUUUCAAACGAGUGGGCCAUGCAUCUGAUGCUUUAGAAAACAUAAGAAAUAAUGCCGAAAAAGAGUUUCAACAAAUUUUCACAAAAACUGUUAAGUUAGCAGAAGAACUUAACAUUGAAAUACGCCUACCGAGACGUGUUGGCACCCAAAAGCAUGGCGAGAAUUAUCAGGCUGAAAAUGCAGAACAGUAUUAUAGAGUUAUUCCAAUUAUUGAAGACCUAAUACGCUCACUUGAGGAACGUUUUUUAGGGCAGAAAGAAAUAAUCAAGUCUUUGGACACGUUAAUCCCAGUCAAUACAAAGACUAGUGAGUUUAAGCAUUUAUUGCCUGCAAUUGAAAAAUACUCUGAUGAUCUAAACACUAACAAUGAAUCAAUGUUGCGUACUGAAUUCGAAUUAUGGCAGAUGAAAUGUGCCAGCUUUGAAAAACAAAUAAGAACUGCUGUGGAGGCUCUACAAGAGUGUACAGAAGAUAUGUUUCCGAAUAUAAAUAAAUUAUUAGUUAUGUUAGCAGUACUGCCAGUCAUACUAGAAACAAUUUCGAACGGACAUAAAAUUGAUCCGGAAAAAUAGGACAAAUACGCAUUAGAUGCUGCUCGCUUAUAUUUGCAGCUGUACCCUUGGCACCCAAUGACACCAACGAUGCACAAAAUACUUAUUUAUGGUGCAGUUAUAAUAAAAACUGCAUUGCUGCCUGUUGGGAAGCUGUCUGAAGAAGCCGGUGGAAGCACAUAAGAAUGAUUUCCGCUCAUACCGCCAAGACUUCACGCGAAAAUUCUCUAGAGAAAAUUAAAACAGGGGAUAUUUUUAAUCGCCUUUUAAGUAGCAUUAG